UCAUGAAUUUGAGUUAGUCUGUGAAAAGUAGCGGAGCGAGCAAGACGAGUGCUUCUUUGCUCCCUUGUUUUUAAAUUUGAAUUAAAAUUAAUUAUCUUUGUAUCUUUAAAUACUUUUGUAUUUAUCGUAGUUUACAUUCUCGAUAAUUGUGAAAAUUUUACGAUGAGCUAUUACAGGGACACGUUAUUUAUUCCAUCAAGCAGAGUGAGGUACCAUGGCUCGAACUAUUCAAGUUCGGCACCCAGACAGUCAAUCCAGUAUUCAAUGUUUCCGAGAUCACACUCGUACUGUGCCGCAACUGAGCAACGUGUAGGAUCCUAUCUGAGGACGCUUAUGAGUUUCGGCUCGUCGACGUCGUCGUCCAUGCUGAGCUCGCUGUCGGCCAUCCGGGGCCGGCCCUCGGCCUACGCGGAGAGCAUCUACACGUCUGCCCCGGACAUGAACGAGGUCUAUCCGGGACUGUUCGUUGGAGACGCCGUGGCAGCCAAAGACAAGAACUUCCUCCGUCGCAUGGGUAUCACACACGUGCUGAACACAGCUGAAGGGAAGCGCUUCACCCAAGUGGACACCGACCACCUAUACUACCGCGACACUAGCAUACGGUACAAGGGCUUCCCCAUGAUGGACAUGCCGUCCACCGACAUCGCCAAGUACUUCUACAUAGCGGCGAAUUUCAUCGAUGAGGGGAUCUCGGGAGGUCGCGUGCUAGUGCACUGCAUGAUGGGCGUCUCCCGCUCAGCCACGUGCGCCAUCGCCUUCCUCAUGAUCAAGCGGGGAAUGACGCUGACAGAGGCUCUCUCGCUCUGCCGCGCCCGCCGUGACAUCCACCCCAACGAGGGCUUCCUGAGACAGCUGCAGCAGCUCGACCGCGAGCUGCGUCUCCAGCGGGUGCGCUGACCUCGACGCGAGGGUAUCUUCCAUGCCAUACACAGUUUUCUGAGUAAGUGAGUUAGGGGUUUGAGUUGGGGAGGAUUGAGGUGUGUUGG